CAGUAGACACUACGGACGGACGUUGGGCAUGAGCUCCGGAUCUCAUUCCGCUAGCGACAAAAACCAGUGCGAAGUUGGUUCAGAAUCAGAGCCUCUCCGUUUUUAGAGAUUACGGACAGCAGUUGCUGUCUCUCAAAAUGGAGAUUAUCGCCGACAACUUCUCCUGCUACGACCCCUCCAUCGUCGGCUACCGCUACGUCUCGGUCAGCUGGGGCAUCGUGGUGACGGUUGUUGGGACGGUGGGCAACCUGCUGACCCUGCUGGCCUACGUGGCUGAGACUAAGCUACAGACACGCCUCAACCUGCUGAUCGUCAACUUGACUUUGGCCGACCUCCUCUACUGCACUUUCCUGCAGCCUUUCUCUGUUGACUCCUACCUUCAUCUCCACUGGCGGGCCGGCCCCGACUUCUGCCGUGUCUUUGGGAUGUUGCUCUUCGUUUCCAACUCAGUCUCCAUCUUAACCCUCUGCCUCAUCGCUGUCAGCCGAUACCUGCUCAUCGCCAACACUGCCCUCUUUGACCGGGUCUUUUCCCGCCUCGGAGUGAUUCUCAUCAGCCUCGUCACCUGGGUCAUUGGCUUCGCCAGCUUUGCACCACUGUGGCCUGUUUAUGUUCUGGUGCCGAAGGUCUGCACCUGCAGCUUCGACCGCAUCCGAGGCAGGCCCUACACCACCAUCCUCAUGGGCUUCUACUUUGUGGUAGGCCUCAGCUGCGUGGGGAUCUUCUACUUCCUCAUCCAUCGCAAAGUCAAGAAGGCUGCCCAUGCCAUGGAUCAAUACAAGCUGAAGAAAGCCAGCCUGAAGAAAGGAGUCCAUGUGGCUGGAACCAGCUCGGCCUCACCAGGACAUUACCAAGAACUGGACAGCGGGGUCGAUAGCACAGGACCUUCCCAGCAGUCCUGUGAGAGUUUACCCUCUGAGCCGACUUCUAAAACCCUUGUUCCUUCAGCUUCUGAGAACAGUGGAACUCCUCCUGUGCCUCAGCCCGAGGACCCACCAAAGAAAGUGGCCGCCUGCCAGCCGAAGGACAGCAACACAGAAUUCCGCCGGGUGACCCGCAUGUGCUUUGUGGUCUUCAUUUUCUUUGUCAUCUGCUACAUCCCCUUCUUGCUGAUCAACAUCUUCGAUGCCAAAAACCGGGCCCCAACUGUCCUGCACAUGAUCGCCGCCAACCUCACAUGGCUCAACAGCUGCAUCAAUCCAGUGCUUUAUGCCGCCAUGAACCGCCAGUUCCGCGAGGCCUACCGAGGCGUGCUCUACAGUUUCACAAAGAAGUUUCGCCGGUGCUGCUAACUAGGAGCACAGCCUUCUCCAUCUCUGCAAAUAUCUUCUGCGGUGUCCCUGGCUUGUCAUGCAGGCUAGAAGUGUCACCAGGAAGCAGCCUGGAAUGUCCUAGUUGGCGGCAUUCAUAGGUUUUCCAGGACUAUUUGGCCUUUCCAUACCUCCAGGAAUGAUAAUAAUAACAAUAAUAACAUUCAAUUUAUAUACCACCCUUCAGGACAACUUAGCGCCCACUCAGAGUGGUUUACAAAGUAUGUUAUUAUUAUCCCCACAACAAAACACCCUGUGGAUGGGGCUGAGAGAACUCUGAGAGAGCUGUGACUGACCCAAGGUCACCCAGCUGGCUUCAAGUGGAGGAGUGGGGAAUCAAACCCGGUUCUCCAGAUUAGAGUUUCAUGCUCUUAACCGCUACACCAAACUGGCUCUCAGCAACCAUUGGUCCUUCACAGAGCCUCUUGUGGACAAUUGCCUACUAGCUCUGUUUUUCAACAAGUACAGACACUGAAAACAUC